CAUAGAAUAAGAGAGAGGGAUUACAUGACGUUUGUUUAUUAAUCAGGUUAUGUUUACGUCCAAACCACUAAUCCAAAAAAAUAUAUUCCGUGCCUUAAGAAAAAAAUAAUAAUAAAAUGUACAAAGUGCUGGCUUGCUUCAUCCUCGCAACAUUUUUCCUCCAAGCCUCGGCGCUUUGGUGUUAUCAAUGUGUCUCGAACCAGCCGGGGUGUGGAACCCCCUUUAACUGGUUGUGGCACUGGACGAAAGUUUGCCCCGAAGACGACGACGUUUGUGUUAAAAUAAUAGAGGAGAAAGAUGGUAAUACAAUGAUCACACGCGAUUGUCUCAGUUAUUUGCAAGGGGUUCGUACCGAUAUCCCCGCCGAUCAUUACGAGGGCUGCAGACCCGCCGCCCUUGAUGUGAAAUUGGGGCAUUACGUGAAUAAUUCCAUUAAAGAGUUGGAUGUUCACAGGAAUUUUUAUGAUAAGACAACGUGGUGCUUUUGCUUCCUGGACCAUAGGUGUAAUGGCGGUUUCACAAUACACCCGUCAAUGGGGGUCCUUGCAGGGGGUGUUAUUUUUCUAAUAUUGAAUUUGUUAUAAACGUUGAGAUUACGCCAAAUUCCGUCCAUUUUGUAUGAAUCUCACAAAGUGUGAUUAUUUUGAUACAAAUUAGUUGUAAGAACUUUUAUUUUUACGAAUAAUUCGAUUAAAUAUAUGACAAUUUUUAACAUUAUUUGCGCAUGAGAAUGGAUGAAAACACUUACCAAGUCGGUCCUGGAGACACACAAUUAAGAUUUAAAACGGGAAACACACUCAAAACCACGGUAAUUAAGCCACUUAUCACAGUUUUUAAUUAAUUCUUUUGCAACUCUUUUUACUUGUGAAGUGUCAAAAUGCCGCCAAUCGCCUACUAGAUUGGUGAUUUUUUGUUGGUGCAUUGUUGGUAACUGAAGAAUUUGCGCGCGUUAUUUUCAUGUACAUUAUUAUUUUUGUACGUUUUUUUAUUUCGAAAAGUUAAAUAAACGUUUUAUAAUUUUCAA